AUGUGGCUUAUCGACUGGUUCUGGGACGUUCUCGCCAACCUUGGCUUGAUGAACAAGCACGCUAAACUGUUGUUCCUUGGUCUCGACAAUGCCGGAAAGACCACGCUUCUUCACAUGCUCAAGAACGACAGAGUCGCCGUCUUGAACCCUACCCUCCACCCUACCUCUGAGGAGUUGAGCAUCGGCAACGUCCGCUUCACCACUUUCGACUUGGGCGGUCACCAGCAGGCAAGACGUUUGUGGAAGGAUUACUUCCCCGAGGUUUCCGGCAUUGUCUUCCUUGUCGAUGCCAAGGAUCCCGAGCGUUUCAUUGAGAGCAAGGCUGAGCUCGAUGCUCUUCUGUCCAUGGAGGACCUCUCUAAGACUCCCUUCCUGAUUCUUGGUAACAAGAUUGACCACCCCAGUGCCGUCAGUGAGGACCAGCUCCGACACGAGCUUGGUCUCUACCAGACCACCGGCAAGGGCAAGAUUCCUCUCGAGGGCAUCCGUCCCAUCGAGGUCUUCAUGUGCAGUGUUGUCAUGAGACAGGGUUACGGUGAGGGUAUCCGCUGGUUGUCGCAAUACGUUUAA